CUUUUUCUUUUCGCUGACGUUAAUAUCGUGAGGAGUGCCCUGUAAACUGUGGGCUCGGUCUGUGUGGCUGCUGUUUUGGCUGACUUCAACAGCGAGUCUCGUUUCGCUCAUUUGUUGCGAGUUGGCUGCUGCUAGCGUUAGCUCCCCUCACUGUGGACUCCUCGGCUAGCACACUAGCCACUCUUAGCUAGUUAACUGACCAUUUCUGACUGUCUGCACAGCUCCUGCUGACAGCAGUCUCUGCGGACUGUCAGACAAGCAGUAAGAUCCUUUUUGCAGAUGGUGGAUGAAAUGCCGGCCCCAAAGAGAGGACCAGCUCCUCAUGAUUCUCAGCCCAAGAUGAGGAAGUUGGAUGAGGAUGGGGAGGCUGUGCCAUCCAAAACUGCACCAGCUACCAUUAAUAGGCCGCUCAAAACAGGAAAUACGCAAGAAAAGACAGCCGCCCCACGGACUAAGAAAAAACUGUCUACUUCAGCGGAAGAGGGAAAAAAUAAACCAGCCAAGUCAUCCAAACAGAGUUCCCCUCCGAAGGAAUCCAGCAAAACCAUUUCUGACCCACCUGUCAAAAAAGCCAAGCUCCUGAACGCCACAAGUGCCUCCUGCGGAGAAGCUCCCUCACCAAAGGCUAACUCCAAAGCUUCCCUGAAGCGAACAGCCUCCACAGAGUCUGACGAUGAGUUGAGUAGCGAUGGUGGUAAGAUUGACCUCUUUAGAGAGAGGGAUGAUGGCGACAAGGCCCGCUGCAUCAGAAAAUAUUCAAACCGAGUCAAAGCGAAGCGCAUGGCUGAAGAGUCAUCUUCUGACCCACAGGAAACAAGCCAAGGGUUAUCAUCCGCACCUACAGACCUUAUACAGAUGGACCACAAUUAUGGUAGAUUCUCAGAUUUGCCAAAUAUUCAAAGCAUGGGUGAGGCUAAUCAGAUUGAGAAAAAAGAAUCUGCAGAGUCUGUUACUGAACCAGAGAGACAAGAAAAGUCAGAUUAUGUACCACAAGCGGAGUCAAAGGAAACCACAGUCUCUGUAUCAGUUAACGCUAAGGCUAAUAUAAAAUCUGAGUGUGCAGUUGAAGAAAGUAAACAUGAGGAAUUUAAAAAAUUAGAAAGCCAAAAGCUCAUAGAUGACGAAACACUAACUUUAUCUAGAGAAAUAUUAGACUCCGUCACUGCAACAGCUACAGAUACGCCUUGCAUUACAUCUGAAGCUAAGGAAAAUGAAAAGGAGGACGUUGCAGAGUCGACCAAAAGCCAAAAGGAUGUAAGUGAUAAAACACUAGCAUUGUCAGUGGAAACACUAUGUUCUGUUUCCGGUGAGGUGAAUCCAAGCUGUGAAUGUGAAGACCAAGCAGACGAAAAAACAGGCUCAGCUUGCACACCAGAAAGUCAGACAAAUGUGAGCAGUGAAACUGAAACAAAAGAGACCCCAGAGUUAGUUUCUGAAGGGAUGAAACUGAAUGUAAAAUGUAAAUCUAAAAAAGGUGAGCAUGAAAUGGAGGGGACGACUGAAGCAGCCAGUGUCUCAGCGGAGCCUAAAGCUGUAGAUGUAGGAGAUAAAGUAUUGUCAGACGAAACAAACUCUGCACCAGAAGAAUUCCUGGUAGGAAAUGGUAAUCCAGAGAGUCAAACAGACCUCAGUGUCAAAAUUCAAGUUACUUUUAAGGAGGAAUCGAAAUCUGUACACAUCCCGGACCAGGUGCCAGAUAAAAUUACCAACUCCUGUGAUGGUGUGAACAAAGUUGUUCGAAAGUCCGAAGAAAAGCUUGAAGAAAGUGAAAGAAAAGGAUCUGAAUUCCAUCCGACCCAGUCUGUCGCUGGUCCCGGGUCUUUUGUUGAGGUACAGCUGAGCCAUGGCAUGACAGACAAGAUGACCGACAGCUGUACUGAAAUAUUGACACCUGAUUGUGAAGCAGUUCAUGAGCAAAAACAAAGAGGGGUGCUCUCUGAAUGUGCCACAGUCCCAGAGGGUCAAAUAGACAUGGACAUGCAGACUAGAAUAACAUCAGAGGGGAUGUCUGACUCAGCAUCUAGAGUGGCUGUACAAAACCAGGGGAACCACAAAGUAAAUGACCACACUACAGAAAUACGUGCUGAAGUUAAAGAAGAUGUGAAGGUUGAAAAUUCCACAAGUAUAGAAAAAGAAAAGCAGACCAACUUUGAGUUUGCCACUGCACCAACUAGUCAAAUCAAAAUGGAUAUACAGGCUUCAGCGACAUCAGAACAGGAGAUUUCGAAUCCUGCCUCUACAGUGGAAGCAACAAGCCAGAAAAGCCAAGAGUUCUGUGAACCUAUUACAGACAUAUCUACUGAGUUUAAUAAGUAUAUGGUUGAAAAUUCUAAAAUUAUGGAAAUGCAGACUACAUUGACAUCAGACAUUUCUCAUCCAACCAUUAAAGAUGAGAAAGAGCAAAAGAGUGAAGAAUUUACUGCAGACAUCUCUACAGAGGUUGAUGGAGAUAUUACAAUUGAAAAUUCUGAAAAAAUUGGAAGUGAAGACAAUGCAAACUCUGAACGUGCUGGUAGACCCGAGAGUCAAAACAAAAUGGUAAUGCAAACUGUAACAACGUCUGAUCCAGCACCUACACUGGAAGUGAGAAGGCAGGAGAGCCCAGAAGUGAGUGAACCCACCACAGACAUACCUGAUAAAGUACAUGGACAUUCAGCUGCAAAUUGUCAGAGCACAGAAGAUGAAGACAGGGUUGAGGAUGAGUGUGUUGCUGCUCCUGAGGAACAAGCAGAAGUGGAUAUGCAGGCUGCAAGUACAUCAGAGGAGCUUUCUGACCUACCAUCUGCGGUGGAAAUACAGAACCAGACAAGUCAGGAAGUUGGUGAACCAACCACAGACAUGUCUGAUGAGUUCCAUGAGGAUCAAAAAAUUGAAAAUUCUAGGUUUGUGGAAAAUGAAAACAAGGUGGAUUUUGAACCUGUGGCUGCACCAGAGAGUCAAAUUGAAAUGGAAACAGCUACAUCAGAGAUUCCUAACUCAGCCCCUUCAGUGGAAAUUCAAAAAACAAGAACUGCAACAUCAGAGGAGAUAUCACAGGCUGUAUCACCUACAGUGGAAAUGAAAAGCCAGGAAGUCAGUGGACAUGCUACAGACAUAUCUACAGAGGUUCACAACAACCUAAUAACUGAAGAUUUUCAAAAUGUGAAGAAUGAAGAUACGAUGAACUCUGAAUAUGUGGCUACACCAGAGAAUCAAGUCAGAUUGGAAAUGCAGACUACAUCAACUUCUGAGGUUUCUAACCCAGCCUCUUCAGUGGUAAGAGAAAGUCAGAAAAGCCAAAAGGAAGUGGAUAUGGAGACUUCAGCAAUGUCAGAGGAGAUUUCUACUGUAGCACCUACAGUAGAAACACAAGGCCAGGCUAACCAGGAUGUCAGUGAACAUAGUACUGACAUAUCUACAGAAUAUGUGACUGUGCCAGAGAAUCAAGUCGAAAUGGAAUCACAGGUUAGGUCAACAUCAGAGAUUUCUGUUCUAGCACUGAAAGCAGAAAUAAAAAGUCAAAAAAGCCAAGAAGUCGCUGAACCUGCAAAAGACGCCUCUGAAAAAGUUCAAGAAGGUCUAACGAUUCCUACAAAUGAGUGUAAUAAAAGUGAAAACAAAGGUAGCACAGGAUGUGUCAGUGCUACUGAGAGUCCAAUAGAAAUGGAAAUGCAGACAAGAGCAACACUAGAGAUAUCUAAUCCAACAAGUGCAGUACAGACACAAAAUCAGAUAGGUCAGGAGGUCAGUGAACUCACUACAGAUGCUGAACUUCAAAAAGAUGCAAUCAUUGCUUGGACUGAGAGUAAGGAAAACAAGGAAGAAGUUAUCACUGAAUGCGUUAGUGCUGCUGAGAAUCAAAGAGAAGUGGAAGCGGAAACAACAGUAAUACCAGAGGAAAUUUCUGAUCCAGGAUCUAUAGUGGAAAUACAAAACCAGGGAAGCCAGGAGGCCCAUGAACUCAAUACAGACAAUGAUGUUCAAAAAGAUCUAGUGACUGCAACUUGUUGGAAUAAGGAAAAUGAAGACAAAGCUACUGCCCAGUCUAUUAAUGUUCCAGAGAUCCAACCAAAUAUGGAAACUACUGCAGUGCCUGAAUAUAUUUCUAUUCCACCAACUACAGCAGAACAGCAAAACCAGGGGAUGGAGGACGUCACUGUACACAAUGCAGCCUUAUCAAAUGCAGUUCAGAAACCUCUUCCUGUUACUAAUUUGGAAAACAAAGAAAAUGAAAAUAUGCCUGAGACAGAGCCUAGUCCUGAAGAUAUCCAAGGAGAUAUGGAGGUCAUAAGUGGAUCAAUAGAAGUGAUGGAUUCUGCCUUAGAAGAGGAAACGGGGAAGCCAAUGAUUAAUGAGGCCAAAGAAGAGGCUGCAAUCAUUUCGCGAGAAAAGGCGGACAAAACAGUCAGUGUUAUUGAAGGACAAGGCGAAGGAACUGGAAGCAAUGAAGUAAUUGUCUUCGUUUGUGGACAGACAGAUGACAUUGACAUUGUAAUUCAGGCAUCAGAACAGCAGAUUAAGGCAGUUAAUCAAUCAGAGGUUCAGCUUCACGAAAACAAGAUAGUGUAUGAGCCCAUAAGUAGUCCAGAAAGUAAUGACGAUAGGGAGAUGUCUACAGUGUCAGAGAAGCAUGAUGGUGUGUCUUUAGUGGAUAUGCAGAACACAGAGACUGAGCAGAUAAAAGAAGAUGCAUCUACUAAUGAAGAAAACAAAGAGGUUGAUGUCCCACAAGUGGAAAAUGAGGAAAACAUUAAGGAACAAAUCUGUGUAUCUGACAGCCAAGCAGCAGUUGAAAUUGAAGUACAAAGCAUCAGUGUGACAGAAACUCCUCUCCCUGCACAGUUGGAGCAGAGUACCAUGAAUGUGGAUGUGAAACAAGUUUCAGUCAGCUCUAGCGACGAUAUGAGCAUGCCAGAUGGCCGGUCAGAAGAUGCAACUGAAAAAAGUGAAAGGAAUGGCCUUCCAGAUUGCGUCAGCGCCACAGAGCUUUCUGAACAGGCGCAGGAGGACGCUGGACCGCAGGAGGUGGCCGACGUCACGGUCACAACAACUACAGCCGGCGCUGAAGCUGAGCUACCAGAUAGUACGUCUCAGGAGUAUGUGAUCCUAGAACCGGUCCCAGAGAAUGAAAUUCACUUUGACAUUGUCACUCAAGCAGCGGCCGAAUCGGGUUUGUCUGCCUCGCUUUCAGAGGAGGUGAAUCCAGACAUUACAUUAGUGGGUGAGGUAGAAAAUCUUUUAAAUGGUUCACAACAAACCGUCUUCCCUGAGGCACAAGUACAUGAGGUCAAAGAUGCCACAUUGACCAGUUCAGGUGAGGAUAAGGAGACCAGGCUUAGGACAGACAUAUCAACUGGGGAAGGUUUUGAAGUUCAAAAUUCUGACCGUUGCCAGCAACCAUCGUCUGACAUGAUGGACGUUAAUGCCACAGAGAUGGAUAUGGCAAGCUCUCAUGUUCAAGGCACAAAUGAAGACUGUAAUGCUGUUGUAAUAAAGAAUGCUGAGUGUAGUUUGGAUCUACAAGAAGUGCAGAUUCUGGAAGAUAUAGAGAUUGGUCGUGAGAUUGUAGUAGCAGAGGAAGAGAAUGAGGAAGACGGUGACAUUACAAUAAUAGAAAAACCCCAGGAAACACCUGAGGCAGUCCCUCCUAAAAAGGCUGAUGAAAAGGUUAAUGAGAAAAGUAAGGACGACAUCAGUGGGACCAACUUGAAGCAAAACAGCACAGCGGGUGAGAAAACUGAAGAUGAUAAUAAGGGACAGGAGGCAGGAAAACCCAAGAAGCAAGAAAUGAAUACACAAGCCAGAACCAAAGCUCGCCUGGCAGCUCUGGCUGAGCAAAAGGCUGCAGCGUCUAAGAGAACAGCGAACAGACAGCAGCUGAACCUCUUAGCUCUGUGUCAGGAAAUCGCAGAGGACAUUGCCACAGACAGCAUGCUUUUGAAGAGGAUAGAGGAAGAAAAACAGGCAGCGGCGGCGGCAGCAGCAGCAGCAGCAGCAGCAGCAGCAGCAGCAGCAGCAGCCAAGGGGGAGGCCAGCAAGAAGGAAAGUCCACCUGUUAACACGCAGGAUUCAGAUAAUAUUAAUGUUGCAACUCCCGCUGGACCAGAAGGGUGCUCUGCUUCGGUGACCCCUGCUCCGGAGGCACCUGCAGCCCAGCCCUCGACGGCUGAUUUAGCUGAGGCCAAGCCUGCUGCAGAGACUCCAAAGAGACGUUUCUUCAUCACUCAGAUUUCAGUACCACUGAAAGCCCAUGAGAAAAAGAAGCUUACUAGAUAUCAAAGACUAAGACAGGUUGAACUGCAGAGAGAAAAGAUGUCCUGGGCACGUGUCAAGAAACUUAAGUCUGACCAAGCGAAUCAGAUGUUUUCAGACGUGGACUGGCAAGCACCCCUGUCUGCCACCUCUCCUUUUUCAAUGAGUCAUGUGACCACAACCGCAGCAAGUCCAUCGAAAACAUCUCCCCCAAGUCCUGCCACAACUAGCAAACCUGCUACGCCCAAGGCGGAAGUUCCCAAGGCUGAGACUCCUAAGGCCGAACCCAUCAAAAUAGGAACCACAAAGACAGAAACCUCCACAUCUGCACCCACUAAAACAGAAACCUCCAAAUCUGAACCCACUAAAACUGAACCUACGAAAACGGAGGCCUCUAAAACUGAACCUCCUAAGACUGAAACCCGAAGAACGACAAGGCAAAGUAAGGCUCAAAUUCCUAAAACAGCCCCUGCUCCAGGGGCAGCUCCAAAAGUGACCAGAUCAGCAGCCAAGAGGACCCUCCCAGCAGUACCUCCUCCGAUGCCCAAUGGACUUAAUACUCAAAAACCGAAGCCUGAUGUUGAGUACAAGCCAUACAGACCCCGGCCCAAGUAUUCCCCAGAUGACUUUGAACUAGAUGAUGACCCGUUACCAGUAGCUCUGACUAAGCCCAGUCCUCAGUCAAGGCCCACAGCUCAAUCUAAACCCGCAGUUCAGUCAAAACCCCCGGUUUCAUCACAACUUGCCAACCAGGCAAAACUCAAAGCUCAGACCACAUCUGCUGGACAGAUCUCAGGUCAGUCAAAGCCCAUUGUUGCAGCUACAGCUCAGAUAAAGCCUGCUACUUCCACCAACCCACAAUCAAAACCUGCUGUUGCAGCAGCCCUCCAGUCAAAGGCCACAUCUGCAGCCGCAUCUUCAUCGAAACCUGUUCCUUCAGCUAAAGCUGUGUUAAAGUCCCCUGUCUUGACGACGCCACAGUCGAAUACGGUUUCAGCUCCAGGAGAGCACAAGCCUGCUGCUCCUGCUCCCACCCAGUUAAAGCCUACUGCUAGUGGAAGUGCAGCUCAGUUGAAGCAAUAUGCUACAACAACAUCUCAGCCCGCCGCUUCAACCACAUCUGAGACAAAACCUGAUGUUUCUAAGACUGGUGCUGUUUUGAUGUCUCAGAAAACCCCAAAUCCACCAUCAUCGGAAGAAGGCAAAUGCAAGGAUACAGCUGAUCCACUUUCAUCAACUCCCACCUCUUCCCUUUCCUCUGAAGAGAGCUUGAAAGUGUCUGAUGGUAAACAGCAUUGUGAACAAAUCCCAACGGUCACGGAUGUUGAUCUGUCUUCAGAGAAUAAGACAAAAACAGACAAGACAGCUGAGAAAACAUCGGAAAAGCCUUGUCAGGACAGAGCAGCGAGCCCACAAGAUGGUGGGACUCCUCUCUCUGAUGCUUGUCUGCAAAGAGAAGUCAAGAAACUAAAGGAGGCUGACAAAGAUGGCACCCAAACUAUUAUUGAUGCAGGACAGAAGCAUUUUGGAGCAGUGGCCUGCAGUGUGUGUGGGAUGCUCUACUCUGCUGCCAACCCUGAGGAUGAAUCUCAACAUUUGCUUUUCCACAAUCAGUUCAUCAGCGCUGUCAAAUAUGUGGGAUGGAAAAAAGAGAGGAUUCUGGGAGAGUAUCCUGACGGCAAGAUCAUUCUUGUCCUGCCAGAUGAUCCCAAAUAUGCUCUGAAGAAGGUUGAGGAGAUCAGGGAGAUGGUGGACAAUGACCUCGGCUUCCAGCAGGUGGAGACCAAGUGUCCCUCUCAGACCAAAACCUUCCUCUUCAUCUCCAAUGACAAGAAAGUGGCCGGAUGCCUAAUCGCAGAGCACAUACAAGAGGGGUACCGGGUGAUUGAGGAGCCCAUACCGGAGGGUUCAGAGGGAGAGAAGGUGAUGUUUGAACGUCAGAGAGCUUGGUGUUGUUCCACCACGCCAGAGCCAGCGAUCUGUGGUAUCAGCCGCAUCUGGGUUGUCAACAUGAUGAGACGCCAGGGCAUCGCCUCCCGCAUGCUCGAGUGCCUCAGGAACAACUUCAUAUACGGUUCAUACCUGAGCAAAGAUGAGAUUGCUUUCUCUGACCCCACCCCUGAUGGAAAACUGUUUGCUACACAUUAUUUUGGCACCUCCCAGUUUUUGGUUUAUAACUUUGUGAGUGGAACAGGCUCAUCCAACCCCAAAACUGACACAGUAUGACAGUCUUCAGGAAAGGUAACGAUGGAUUUAACCGAGAUGCUCACUGACUAACAGGACCUGCCCUCACUAAACUGUGUCUGACAGACACACAAAAAAAAUGUAAAUUACUCUUUAGAGGAUACUCAUUGGUUUAAAUCUCAGGAUGAAAACAACAAGGUGUUGUUGAAAAAUAUUAUUUUCUCCCUUUAAUCCCUCCCUGCAUAGUAUUUUGAAAAAAAGAGUAUUUUUCUUUAUACAUUUUUAAGCAAACAAUUGGUUUUAUCAGAAGUAUAGAGUUUACAUGCAUGAAUUGACAGCAAUAGACAACAAAGACCAUUUCAUUUGUUUUUUUGUUUUUUUUCAUCCCUGAGAAGCAAAAGAUCAAUUGACUGCAUUAAAUAAAUGGUUAAUUUAGAGUUUGUCUUCAUUCUGUUGUGAUGUUUUUGACACCUGUGUCAUGGAGUGAACUAUGUGUACAUCAAGGGUUUUUUUCAUGUUCAUCUCUUGACAGUUAACAGUGAUGCUGCCAUUGUCUCAACUUGUGUUUAAACAUCUGCAAUGCUUAAUGGGUGACAACUGCACAAUGGACAUUGAGCAGUUAUGGUUGACUCAGUCCCCUCGAUUUCACUCUCAUGUUUUCUGACAUUUCAACAACAUUUCGGACUAAUCGUCUAAACCAGGUGAUUUUUAUCGGCGGGACUCGUUUCAACAAUCUGAUUGAAGCGAUGUUGGUUAGAACUGUAGCUUGGGCAUUAAUUGUGUGUUCAUUUUUCUUAGAUCACCUCACCUGAACUGUUUAGUUUUCCAAGCUGAGCCAUAUACUGUACACCAUUUAGCAGGGCAUUGUAGCUAUACUGUAUGAGUGAUGUCUUUUAAUUUCAUCAAGGCCGUCUGUUGCUUUGUUUGUGCCUGAAUGAAUAUUGUGUGACUUACGAUGUUGAUUUGUUUUCUUUUUUGCCACAUGUUCCUCUAAGCAGCAUUUGGCAUUUUAUGGAGUUAGUGUAGAGUAUCAUCUUCCUAUUCCUUAGUAACAGCAAAUUAAAAUGUGUAUCAAAUUAUCAUGUAGAUUUAUGCAUACUAUAAUAACAUUUAUAAUAGAAGAUGGCCAACAUUUUAAGGCUCAGGUGCUAAAUGGUAUUUGAGUGAUGGUAAAUGUCAUCCAGGGUUCAGCCUUUAUGAUUGCAAACAGGAAUAUUUGCUCAGUGAUCAACAUGAGUGGUUAAGACGAACUUCUGCCUCUCUAAACACACAGAUUUACAAUAUCAUUGUAAUCCAUCCCUUAUUUUCUUCCCUCUUGUUUAAGCAGUUGCUUUUAGACAGAUAUGUCGUGUAAGAAAAAGAAAUUUGAUUUAUAC